AUGAUGGUGCUCACCAAGGCGGCGCUCACCUUGCUGGUCUUCCUGGUGGGAGCGGACACCGUGCUGGAGCUCGUCGGCGCUCAGAACGACACGGAGCCCAUCGUGCUGGAGGGUAAAUGCCUGGUGGUGUGUGACUCGAACCCGGCCGUGGACGUACGGGGCUCGUCCUCGCCGCUCGGCAUCUCGGUGCGCGCCGCCAACUCCAAGGUGGCUUUCAGCGCGGUGAGGAGCAACAACCACGAACCUUCGGAGAUGAGCAACAAAACCAGGAUCAUCUACUUUGACCAGGUUCUUGUCAACAUAGGCAACUAUUUCACCCUGGAGUCUGUGUUUUUGUCCCCCCGCAAAGGAAUCUACAGUUUUAACUUUCACGUAAUUAAAGUAUACCAGAGUCAGACAAUACAGGUGAACCUCAUGUUGAAUGGGAAGCCCGUGAUCUCGGCGUUCGCUGGAGAUAAAGAUGUGACACGCGAGGCGGCCACGAAUGGGGUCCUCCUGUACCUGGACAAAGAGGACAAGGUCUAUCUGAAGUUGGAGAAGGGCAAUCUGGUGGGCGGAUGGCAGUAUUCCACCUUCUCCGGAUUCCUUGUGUUCCCUCUGUGAAAAAGGAAGAAGAUGAAGAAAAAAACACAAAAUGAACAGAAAAAGGAACGGCUCAUUAACUAACUUACAAAUGUUGAGUUGCCAUCGUUGUGUAACUGAGAACAUUCGGUUUCAAUUGGAGAUACCCACAUGGAUGAUUUUUUAAUUUGCCUAUUUUAUUUAUUCCUAAAUCGCAUUGACUUUGGAUACGAACUGCGAUGGAGAAGAGUAACAAAGGGGAGAGAGGCAUGCUCUAUGAAACAUGAGUUUGAAAACAUCCAGAUACAUCAAAAUGCAAUAUUAUUCACUCCACCUUUCUAUUGUAAUAGAUGCCGCCUGGACUUCUAGAAUGCAGAGAGGAACAAUUCCCAUCUACUAUAGUACGCUUUCCAUGAAGAAUCUGCCCCUAAUUUCCCAC